AUGACUGAGAUUGAGCAGGCGGAAGCCCAGCUCUCUGAGUUAGAACUGCUGGCUAGUAUGUUUCCCAGUGAGAAUGAUUUCAUAGUUAAUGACCAGCUGGCUUUAGCUGAAUUGAAAGAUUGUAUUGAAAAGAAGACCAUGGAGGGGAGAUCUUCAAAAAUUUACUUUACUGUCAAUAUCAACUUAGAUGUAUCCAAGGAAACAAUGGUCAUGUUUUCAUUGGCCUGUAUUCUUCCUUUCAAAUACCCUGCAGUUCUGCCUGAAAUCACUGUCAGAUCAGUAUUAUUAAGUAGAUCCCAACAGACUCAGCUGAACACAGAUCUGAAUGCAUACCUGCAAAAGAACUGUUGUGGAGAUGUCUGUGUAUGGAAUGCCACAGAGUGGGUUAGAGAGCAUGCUUCUGACUAUGUCAGCAGAGAUGCCACAACUUCUGGCACCAUAGGAAAUACAGCUCAGUCACUUGAUCUCAUUCUCACACGACUCUGGAUCUAUAGCCAUCACAUAUACAACAAGUGCAAAAGAAAGAAUAUUCUAGAAUGGGCGAAGGAGCUUUCCCUGUCUGGGUUUAGUAUGCCAGGGAAGCCUGGUGUUGUUUGUGUGGAAGGCCCACAAAGUGCCUGCGAAGAAUUCUGGUCAAGACUCAGAAAAUUAAACUGGAAGAGAAUUUUAAUUCGCCAUCGAGAAGACAUUCCCUUUGAUGGUACAAAUGAUGAACUGAGACGACAAAGAAAAUUUUCAAUUUUUGAAGAGAAGGUGUUCAGUGCUACUAGACCCCGAGGAAACCACAUGGACUUUGGUCAGCUGUAUCAGUUUUUAAAUGCCAAAGGAUGUGGGGACGUUUUCCAAAUGUUCUUUGGUGUGGAAGGACAGUGA